GUUGAAAGCCUUGAACUCACCCUGCUGAGCAGAACUCCAAGCGGUCAGAGCCAGAAGUGCACUGUCACCUGGUCAAUGCUUGUUUUGGCUCCGCAAUCGGCGGAAGCCCUGACCCUCACCGACGGGUCUUGCAACUACACAGCCCGAGUGGCUGCCUUCAAGAACGACCUAGCCAAGCUCUGCAUUGAGCCGCCGUCCGCGGAGAAGUCCCUCGACUUCCUGCCGAAGUGGGAGCACUUGACUAAUCGUAGCGUGGCAAGGUGA